UGACAUUUGUCAUAUUUCUAGAUGCAUUUAAAGCUUCUACAGGAAUGACAGCUUGGGUUGGAUCAUUGAAUAGAGCUUGUAUGAAUUUCAUAGGACCAGUGAGCAGUAUGUUGACCAACAAAUAUGGCAGCAGACAUGUAGUUAUCUUGGGUGGUGUUAUAUCUGCAAUUGGUCUUGGAACAAGUGCAUUUGCCACCAAUAUAUACCAACUAUAUAUGACAUAUGGAAUAAUUGCAGGAGGAGGCCUAGGAUUAGCUUACAUCCCAGCCACAAUAAUAAUCAAUGACUAUUUUGCGACAAAAAGGACACUUGCAUUUGGAAUAGCAACAUCUGGAUUUGGCGUUGGCUCAUUCCUAUAUCCUCUACUGAUUGAAGCCCUAAAUGAGGAAUAUGGAUGGCGCGGAGCUAUGCUAAUUUUGUCAGGAAUUGGAUUAAAUAUAUGUGUAUGUGGUGUGCUAAUGCGCCCAUUUAGUACUCAUGAACUGGUGAGGGAGUCUGACAAUAAUGCUACAGUUUUUAAUUUUGGAAUUAUGAAAUCACUGAACUUUUCAAUAUUAUGUUUCAAUUAUCUUGUGUAUCAUUUUGGUAUUGCAAUAGUCUUUACACAUUUAUCAGAAUACUCUCUAUUGAUGGGUAUUGGAAGAACUGAAAGUUCAAUGCUGUUUUCUGUAUUUGGUAUCACUAAUAUUGUUGGACUA